AUGGAACAAGGAAAAAGUGAUUCAAAUGAGGUAAAUGAUAACAACGAGAAUGUGCAUCAAGACCUAUCUCCGUCUAGUUUAAAUGAAGUCAUGAUUCCUAAGAUUGGAAUGACUUUUUUAUCUGAAGAUGAAGUUCGUAAUUUUUAUAAAUCCUAUGCUCAGAAUGUUGGUUUUGGUAUUUUCAAAUUAGGUGGAAAGAAGGGAGAUGAUGAAAAGCAAAAAUAUUUUUGUUUUGGAUGUGCCAAAAGUGGUAAAACAGUAUCUCAAGCAAAAAAUGUUAUGUACCCUAGACCUUCUACUAAGACGAAUUGCAAAGCUAAGAUUAAUGUUGUUAUUCGGAAUGAUGAUAACUUUGUGAUAAGUAGUGUAUCUCUUGAACAUAAUCAUGUCUUGAGCCCGGGAAAGUCACGACAUUUUAGAUGUAAUAAAUUAUUGGAUUCAACUACAAAGAGGAAACUUGAAUUAAAUGAUCAAGCAGGAAUAACUUUAAGUAAAAGUUUUCAUUCAUUGGUAGUUGAGGCUGGAGGCUAUGAGAAUUUGUCAUUUGAUGAGAGAAAGUGUAGGAAUUUUAUUUCAGAAGCUAGAAGGUUGAGGUUAGGGGAUGGAGAUGUUGAAGCCUUGAGUAAUUAUUUUUGUCGCAUGCAAAGUCGGAACUCAAACUUCUUUUAUGUGCUUGAUUUAGAUGAAGAAUCUCGAAUAAGAAAUAUUUUUUGGGCAGAUGCAAGAUGUAGGGCUGCAUAUGAUUACUUUUCUGAUGUCGUGACUUUUGAUACAACUUAUUUAACUAAUAGUUAUGACAUGCCAUUUGCUCCUUUUGAUGGGGUGAAUCAUCAUGGUCAAUCCAUUUUGCUUGGAUGUGGAUUAUUAUCAAGCGAAGAUUCAGAAACAUUCAUAUGGUUGUUCAAAUCUUGGCUGACAUGUAUGCUUGGACGUGCUCCAAAGGCCAUAAUCACAGACCAAUGUCGCGCCAUGGCAAUUGCUAUUGAAGAGAUAUUUCCGAAUUCUCAUCAUCGUUUGUGUCUUUGGCAUAUAAUGAAAAAACUACCAGCAAAGUUAGGUGGUCAUGCUCAAUAUAAAAUGAUAAAGAAACAAUUGAAGAAUAUUGUUUACAACUCGCUUACUGUUGAUGAAUGUGAUGAGAGAUGGAUGACAAUGAUUGAGGAUUUUAAUUUGGAGAACAAUGACUGGUUGAAAUUUUUGUAUGAACAACGGAAUGAAUGGAUAUCUGUGUACGUCAAAGAUAAGUUUUGGGCAGAAAGACAUCGGUAUAAUAUUCUCACUCCAUUGAUACAAGAGGUUCCACAACUUGGAGCAAAUAAUGAUGACAGUUGUUCUAUUUUGGUUAAAAUCUUAAAAGAUGCGAAGGAAAAAUUGAUUGCUAUUCAGACAGAUCAUUCAAGGGCGGACCAACUGAAAGAAGCAUCUACAUCGAGUUCAAAAACAAUACACUCUCGAUUAAAAGUACGAUCUCGAGGUCGUCCACCCACAAAGAGGAAACAAUCUAAGAUUGAACAAAUUGUGAAGAAAUCAGUUGCAAAGGCCAGAAAAAAGGUCAUCGAGGGCCCAACGGUGAGUGUAGAAGAGCUCAACAACAUGGAAAAUGGCAAGCAUGAUUCCCUUGUACAUUCUGAUGCUGAAAAAAGAUUUGAAGACUGA